AAUAUCGAUGUGUAAUACGAUGUUUUUACUUGUAAUCGUAAAAUCGCGGCAUCGUAUAAAGCGGUUCAUUUAUUGAUUUUGUUUGGUGUAAAUUUUAAAAGGGAAAUAUUUCUCCACACGUUUGAAAUGGAUAUCGAACUGCCUUAUAGAACUGAAUACGCCAAGAGUGGCCGUUCUUCCUGUAAAAUGUGUAAAUGCUCUAUAUCACAAGGCUCCCUUCGUUUAGCUGCAAUUGUACAGUCGGCUUUUCACGACGGAAAGCAGCCGAUGUGGUAUCAUGAAGAUUGUUUUUUUAAAAAGCAGCGACCUAAAUCCGUAGGUGAUAUAGAAAAUUUUGAAAAUAUAAGGUUUGACGAUCAACAACGAAUAACGUUGAAAGUUGAGAAGGGUUUCACGGAAUCAGCUGGAACUUCUACCAAAAAGGGAAAAAAGCGCAACGCUAAAGAAAAUAUUGCAACUAAAGAUUUUGGUAUCGAGUACGCGAAGUCCGGUAGAGCAGUCUGCCGUGGUUGCGACCAAAAAAUUUUAAAGGAUCAAGUACGCGUUCGAAAAACCGUAUAUGACACAGAAGUUGGAAUGAAGUAUGGAGGUCAAGCAUUGUGGCAUCAUGCAGAGUGUUUCGCUCAGCUACGUAGCGACCUUGGCUGGUUUGAUAAAGCAGAUUGCCUUCCGGGAUUCGAAAGCAUUAAAAAGGAAGACCAACUUGACGUCUUAAAACUUUUACCGGCUAUAAAACUCGAAACUGGUUGCGUGUCCAAGAAACCUAAAAUCGAGGAUGGUUCUAAGGAAGAAGAAGAACUCUAUAAACUAAUAGAAAAACAGUCAAAACUUUUGUUCAAACUGCGUGAUUUAGUAACAGAUGAAAUGCAGAAAAAGGACAUUAUUUAUUUGUUGGAAUACAAUAACCAAGAUCCAGUAACAGGCGAUUCUGAGAAACUUUUGAAUCAACUAUCAGAUAUGUUGGCUUUUGGAGCUUUAUUGCCUUGCUCUCAGUGUAAUGGACGGCAGAUUUUGUUUAGCAAGUCCGGCUAUUUAUGUAAUGGACAACUAACAGAGUGGACAAAAUGCUCAAAUCUUAUAAAAGAUCCAGAACGAAAACCUUGUAAUAUACCAAACAAUUUGAAGGAAAAGUAUAGCUUUUUGUUGAAUAUUAAAAACAAAACUGAACAUCGCAUUGUUAAAUAUAACCCACCCAGUGUCGAGGUUAUUGCCAAAAGUGUACAUACAAAAGUACAAAGUGAAUCAACUGAACCGAAAGUUAAACGACAGCGGCCGCCUCUUUAUAAUUUUAAAUUUGCAUAUAUUGGCCAGAAAAAUUGCGAAAAAGAUCUAAAAAUGCGUGUGAAUAAACUUGGCGGCGAUAUUACAUCAAAUAUAACCGAACAUACUGCUGCAGUUUUUUCAACAAUCGCGGAAGUAAAACGUAUGGGAAGUCGCAUGAAACGGGCGAAAGAGCUUGGAAUCCAUGUGAUACCUAUAGAUUACUUAGAUUUGGUUGAAGGUAGUUCUGCCAAUGUAAUUAAUUAUAUUAGCAGUACCACCCUUUGUGAUUGGGGUACUGAUCCCAACUCGCGUAUUUCACAAGGGGACGAUAAUCCUAAGAAGUCAAAAAGUAUUUAUACGAAAUCCGUCGCAAAGUCAAUGACUUUGAAAAUAAAAGACGGAUUGGCUGUUGAUCCAGAAAGUGGACUGCAAGACAUUGCCCAUGUUUAUUUGGAUAACAAGGACAAAUAUAAUAUCGUUCUCGGCUUAACAGAUAUUCAACGCAAUAAAAAUUCUUACUACAAACUCCAACUUUUGGAGAGCGACACAAGAAACAAAUACUGGAUAUUUCGAUCUUGGGGUCGAAUCGGCACUACCAUUGGAGACCACAAAUUGGAAAGUUUUACAAACUUAAUCGAAGCUAAACGAUCAUUUUUUCAUAUUUAUUUCGACAAAACUGGAAACGAUUUUGAUAACCGUCAACAUUUUGUUAAGGUUCCUGGCCGAAUGUUUCCAAUUGAAAUCGAUUAUGAGGACGAGAAGACAAUUGAUGACCCGGAAAAAUUAAAAAUUAAAUCAAAGCUGGAUACAUCCGUUCAAGAAUUAAUGAAGCUUUUAUUUGACAUUGACACUAUGAAAAGAACAAUGAUGCUAUUUGAUCUGGAUAUGGAAAAAAUGCCGUUAGGAAAACUAAGCCAAACACAAAUUCAAUCUGCAUACAAAGUGCUGACUGAAGUUUAUGAACUUAUACAGCAAAAUGAGAGUAAACCCAAGUUCAUUGAUGCCACUAAUCGAUUUUAUACUUUAAUACCACAUAAUUUUGGAGUUCAAGCUCCCCCACUUUUGGAUACUAUUGAACAAGUCGAAAACCAUCGCCAGGUCCUUGAUUCGCUUUUGGAAAUUGAAUGUGCUUAUAGCAUGUUGCAAGCUGAAAGCAAAGAAGAGGAUGUAAAUCCUUUAGACAAACAUUAUGAUCAACUUAAAGCUAAAAUUGAGCCCAUUGAUAAAAAUAGCGAAGAAUUUGAAAUCCUCGAAACAUAUGUCCGAAACACCCACGGUGAAACGCAUAGAAUGUAUAAGCUGGAAAUCGUUGACAUAUUUAAAGUAGCACGUCAGGGCGAGACCCGACGUUAUAAACCAUUUAAAAAGCUCAAAAACCGAAAGUUACUAUGGCACGGUUCUCGACUUACAAAUUUUGCUGGUAUUUUGUCACAUGGGUUGAAAAUUGCACCACCGGAAGCUCCUGUUACAGGCUACAUGUUUGGAAAAGGAAUAUACUUCGCAGAUAUGGUCUCAAAAUCUGCAAAUUAUUGUUGUACUACAUCUCAAGAUCCUACAGGUCUAAUGCUUUUAUCCGAGGUAGCACUUGGCGACAUGAUGGAAUACACCUCUGCAAACUACAUUACAAAAUUGCCAUCAAACAAACACAGCGUUUUAGGCCGUGGACGCACCAUGCCUAAUCCAAAAGAGUCAUACAAACGAAAGGAUGGUGUAGAGAUACCACUUGGCAAACCAAUUACAGAUGCGAAACUAAAUUCAACUCUUCUUUACAAUGAAUAUAUUGUCUAUGAUGUUGCUCAAGUUAAUAUCCAGUACCUCUUCCGUAUAAAUUUUAAAUACAAUAUCUAAACAGAAAA